GCUACUUUACGUGACGUUGUGUGGGUUUACGUUUGAUGUGGCUGUUGUUGCUGUUUAGUAAUUUCUCGUAUAAGUUUUUGAGUUGUUUUGCUUCAUAUAAGUUCCAGGCAACAACAUGGAGAAGAUAGACAUGAGUUUAGAUGAUAUCAUUAAAUUGAACAGAAAAGUGAAGAAGAAAUCAAUAGCCCAGAAAAAAAAAGCGACUGCUAUUAAGAAACCGGGUUUCAAAACUCAGGGCAAGAUUGGCGCACUUCGAUCAAAGUAUGCAACAAAAGGAGGUGGCGUGUCAACAAAGAAACUAGGACAAUCCCAGUCUAAUUUUAGCUACCAGACUUCAACAAGGCAAAGUAUAAAGAAAGCUAAAUUGGCAGCACUAAGGGCUAAGGCUAAGCAAAGAACACAACAGGCUGCCCAGGCACAGUUACAGAGACAGGGUACAGCAAGACAGUCACUGCUGGCCCAACGCAGGGGAAUACAGGCUCAGGUAAAACAAUUGCAGUCCAAAGCAAAGAAGCUUCAAAAUUUGGUUGAAAAACAACAGCAACAGAUACAAACACAGCAACAGUUUGUUCCAGAAACCAGAAGGAAAAAGAGAAAUCGAAGAUUUGUCCGACAGCCAUACCAGCCCACCAGUAAUCCAAAUAAAGCAUUCCAAACACAACAGAAUUUUGCACAACAGCAGCAACAGACAGUUCAGGGACAGAAAAAGAAAAGAAAUCGAAGAUUUGUUCGCCAACCACAACAUCAAAUGAAUAAUCAACUUAGUACAUUUCAAACACAGGGUCCUCAACAACUAUCAAGGCGGCAACGGCAGAAACAGAGGCGCCAACAGCUGCAACAACAGAGCUGGCCACAGCAGAAUCAGGGAUGGCAACAAGAAGUGAAUGCACAGAAAUCAAGAAGAGGAAGGCGAUUUAACAGACGGAAAGGUAACAAUGGGAACAUGCCAGCCCCUUCAGGGUCUCAACUGACAGUUUCCUUUAACAGAAGCAAUAGGCCUAUGCAACAGUCACGUCAACAGAUGAAUUAUGCUGGAAACCCAAGUGAUCAUUUUGGUUAUGCGCAGCAACAGUUACACACAUUUCAGCAGCAAAAUAGGAACAACUCAUAUCAACAGCAGAGUAAUAGACAGAGAGGCUAUGGUGGGAGAGGUAGACGUGGCCGGCGAGGUGGACGAGGCGGCCGAGGUGGACAGACUUCCAGGACAGUUGUGAUGGCCUAGCUAUUUUUUGCACUGGAUACCUAUUUUUAUAGAUGAACUGUUUGUCACCUGUGUACACAUCUUAUUAAGAUGACUCGCUGCUUUGUUUGGAUUUUCAAUAAAUUGAAGUAGCUCCAGUCACUUAGGAUUCCAGUACUAUAGUUGAUUGUUUUUUGUGUCAAGGUGUGAAACUACAUAGGUGAAUAUGAGACCUGUUCAUCUAUUUUAGAUGAUAAAUGUACUGGUAAAAUGUUGUUUAUCUUAUCUAUUUUCAACUUACUGGAUAUAUUCUUCAUUGAAAAAUCAUACUUUUGCAUUUUGCUUUGGCAGACUACACAAAUUUUAAUAUAUAUAAAACAUUUUUUUAACUUGUUUAUAUUUUAUUAUUUAUUAUUAAAAUUUGCUGACUAUCAAUUUAACUUUGAGUUAGUAUAUUUCCUAUUAUUGGUUAUGUGUAAGGCUUAGUUUUGCUGUUUGUAUUUUUUGAUUCGUUGUUAACUUAAGAUAAAUUGUUGAAUUUUAAAAUUUUUUUUGUGCAACUAAACUUCAGAAAUUAAAAUGUCAAGUUCAAAUUAAGAUAAAGUCUUCUUUUUUUCAGUUUUCAUUGAGUUUAUAUACUGUAUGUGAAAGGCAAAUGUUUUAAUAAUACAUUUUGACGUUUAUAUUUUAAAUAACUUAGACUGCAAACUAUAUAACAAUAAUUUUAUAAGUCUGAAUUUUGACUAUUCAAGCAUCUUGAUUAAUGUGUUAUUAUUUUUUCACUAAAAAAUGUCACUGAAAGAGUGAUGUUUUGUAAAAUUGUGUAGCUAUUUGUAUUUUAUUGUUUUUGUACCUGUAUACAUACAGAAUGGGGUAUAAUCACAUUGACUAUAAAAUUGCAUCCAUUAAAGGUAUAGAGGGUGGUGUUGAUGUGAUAUAAAAAAGUAUAGUUUUUAGAGACCAGUUUGGCCAUUACUAAUGCUAGUUUUUAUACUUGUAUAUGUGUGGUUAUAAAUGGAUGUCCUAAAUAUAUCAGCAUGGGCAUUAGUAAUGGUUUUGCCUUGAAAAUACCUAUCAUUCAGUCAUAGAUACAUUUUGUUUUGUUUCCUUUUAAGAGUAUUAUGAAUUUGUGUGUAACUGAAAAGCAAUGUAUUUGUGUUUUGGAAUUUAGAUUAUAGUUUGAAUUAAUUUAUUUUGCUUGGAAUUUAAGAAACAUGUAAAUAAGCUUGAUCAAUAAAUAAUGUUGAUUA